AUGUUAGGGGUGAAAAAGUCGAGUCAAGCAGAUGAUGUUCAUACGUGUGAUAUCGGGUUAUCUGCGACACAGAACAACAAUUUCGUAGGCCUCAGAAAAGAACUCGACUUCGGCGUCCAGGCCACCUCAACCAGCACGGAAACAGAGGCACAGACAUAUCUGUGCAUUCCUGUAAACGCGUGUACCCAGUAUACCAACGAAGAUAUCUGGACGAAGGGAAUCUUCAAGGAUCCGGAGAACAAAACAUUUGCCAACUUCUUCUCCAGUGUGGGAAAUCUGGUUGAGGCGGCUUUGGAGCAGAACGAAACUAUCAAUAUUUUUGGUGAAGAUUUUGCAAACCUGGGAACAGACGAAUUCAUCAAUUCCCAGACCAGCGGAGACGGCCUAAAGGAGUUGCUUAACUUCACGGAUCUCUCCUUUUCAAAGUCGAAAAUUAUAUCCUGCAUCCAGCGGGUGCCGGGAUCAGAUUCGCUCAUAGCUUACGCAUGCAUGGAGAACGCCACCUUCGAGGAGAGAAUCGAGCGUUCGGGACGCGUCGCUCAGGCGCAUAUCCUUGUGUGGCAUUUUGAAGACAUUAUCAUGCCUAAAGCUGUUUUCAGCGCCCCUUCGGAUGUUACAAUUUUCUGCUUUUGCGUAGUGGAGAACCAGCUGUACAUUGUCGCUGGAUUGAUUAGCGGACAGCUUGCGGUCUGGAAGACUGACGCCUUAGCGGAUCCAGCCGGCAAAAGCGCGACUGAGAAUCAGAAAAUGAACCAACGGCAGAAGCAUCCGAGGAAACCGAUCGUAACGUCGUCGAUCGACUUCUCCCACAAGAGGACAGUCUCAGACAUUCGCGUGCUACCAUCUGGAACGGACUUUAGAAAAAAUUUGCGGCCUGUGUUCAAUCCGAACAACAGUAGCACGUAUCUUAUAACGUCAUCCGGAGACGGAAAUAUCAUGAUCUGGGAUGUCAGCGCAGCCGUACACUCUGCACACCUCGACAAUUUCCAGUGGCGCCCGUUCCUACAGGCCCCCCUGAAAAAAGCAGAGUCUGGAGUGGAUCUGGGAUGCUGCCACCUAGUCAUUCCGAAGGUAGAACCUCCCGAGUUGACUACGACUUUCUGGGCUUCCACGGAGGAUGGCGAAGUUCUCUUUGGAGAUUGGGCCCACUCUGGUGAGGAAAGAAAAUUCGAUUACGUCAAGACACUGUUGAACGAAACCAGAACUUACAGGCCGACUUUGAGUUUCGCCAUCUCUCCUUUCUUCGAAGACAUUUUCCUAGCGGUCACGGAUAUGGCAUUCUACAUUUGGAUGGCAGACUGUCCCUCACCAAUUUUUUCUUCUCCAACAUCAGGUGUUCCGUACGCCUGCGGCUCGUGGAGUCCGACACGCCCGUCGGUUAUCUUUCUGGGCAGACACGAUGGCAGCCUCGAGGUGUGGGACCUCUCUGAGCAGUGCCAAGCGUACAGUUCAGUUUUUGUAGUAGGCGCAGCUGCCGUCACUUGCCUCUCGUUCCACCCAAGCAGGGCAGGACACCGGCCCUCUCUGGCUCACGGCAGGCGCGUCACCCGGCCUCUUCACGGAAGAAAAGGAGACGCUCUUCGCGACCUCGGCGACUCUGUUCUGUCGCUUUUAGCCGCAGGAGAUGCAUCUGGGAUUGUUCAUGUCCUCUCGCUUCCAAGAACUCUCUCGACCCAGACACCAGGAGAAGUCGGCGUUGUCCGCGCAAUGUUCUUAAGAGAGAGGGAAGUCAUCUCAUAUGUCAUCCAGAGACGAGAGGCGAUCGAGAAGGAACUGGGGCUGGCUGACCUUGAAGACCGUGUACCCCGCGGAAGCACCCAAGAUAGCAGCGCCGGAAAUACGAGGAAUCGAAUGAGAAAGUAGUUGCGCUACAGCCAGAGACAUACACGGGAAGAACGAUUGAAAAGAUCGGAGAGAGAGCAGCUACAGACCUGAGGAAUUCUCAAAAACAACACCAGGCGGCUGCCUCUAGAUGUUAUCACUAUAUACUGUCUCACGAAUUCACUAUACGUGGGAAUUCUAAGUGCUGGGGCUUUCUCACCAUGGCAUCGAAAUUUUUCAUAUUUCAUUCUGCUAGUCAACCAUUACGUUACCGAGGUUCCAAGCAGGCAUAUUCACCUGAACCAUCAACAGAGCCUGCAGUGAAUGCAGCUGAAAAUUCACUGAGAGC